CGAGAAAGCGGAAGUGCGAGAGUUCGCGAAAUUUGGCGUGAAUUGAACCUCUGGAGAUAAACAAAUCCGCGCUAUACAUAGGCAUUAUAGAUUUCUUGUUUUUAGUGAUACAGAAUGGCAUUGUCCAUUCUGUAUUGGUUGAAUUUUGUAUCCGGGACUAAAAAGCUACACCAGAAGUCUGAAGUGGCUGUGAAAUCUGAACACGUACUUAAAUUCCUGUACGAUCCUGAGCUGAGACACGUCCAGGGAAGGGUGCAAGCCAGCAUGAGGGAUAGAAGCUAUCAUAUUAACAUCACACUUGGCGAUAAUUACACUGUGGAAGACAGUAUCUGUGACUGUGUUAAUGGCCAGGAUAAGUGUCACCACAAAGCUUCUCUUCUGUUAUAUGGGUACAAGAAUGUUAGUAAGACGGAUGUAAGAGAAUCUUGGAUAAAACACCCAAAGAGUGGACCCCCAAAGAAAACGAUGACCAUGGAUGAAUUAUUUCCUCCAACACCAAAACUAGCAAAUUAUAGCCAUGCAAUGGAUAGUUUCUGAAGAACCCCCUGCUCCCAAAGUGGAUGUUCCAUGC